AUCAGCAUUCACACAAUGGUUGUGGCGAACGAGGUGAAUUGUAUGCCCAUAUUGGCCUCAAUUGGUGUAAAUGGAAAGAGAGUUACGGAGCUUCCCAAAGAAAUUGGGAUUAAGGAUUUCAUGAAGUCUAUUAUUGCUUCCGACCCUGACACCAAGGAGAAGAAGGAGCCGUUUUUCGUUCUGGACUUGGGGCUGGUCAAGUCCCUCAUGGAUAAAUGGACCAAAAACCUCCCCACCGUCCGCCCGUUCUACGCCGUCAAAUGCAACCCCGACCCUUGCUUUCUCGCCUACAUGGCAAGCCUGGGCUCAAACUUCGACUGCGCCAGCCAAGCAGAGAUCGAACUGGUCAUUUCCCUCGGCGUCUCCCCAGAUCGGAUCAUAUUCGCCAACCCCUGCAAGGCCGAGUCCCACAUUCGCUAUGCAGCGAAGGUGGGAGUGAUGAGAAGCACUUUUGAUUCAGUAUACGAGGUGGAAAAGAUGAAAAAAUGUUUCCCGGGUGGCCAGCUCUUAAUCCGGGUGAAAGCCCCGGAUGAUGCGUCGGCCAUGAGCCCUUUGGGUGCGAAAUACGGAGCCCUGCCUGAUGAAGUGGAGCCCCUCCUGAAAGCCGCUCAAAGUGCUGGGAUAGACGUUGUGGGGGUAUCUUUCCAUGUUGGAAGCGGUACCACCGACUAUAGUGCCUACCACUCGGCCAUUUCGGUCGCCAGGGGUGUCUUUGAUACAGCCGCUAAACUAGGGUUGCCAAAGAUGAGGGUCCUCAACAUUGGGGGUGGCUUCUCCGCCGGGCCUCAAUUUGUCAAUGCCUCGGACGCCGUAAAGUUUGGGAUCCAAACCUAUUUCGAGGAUCAGGAAGAUGAUGAUGAUGAUGAUGAUAGUCUUGAAAUAAUUGCUGAGCCAGGAAGGUACUUUGCCGAGUGCCCCUUCACGCUGGCGGCGAGUGUCAUCGGGAAGCGUGUGAGAGGUGACCUCAGAGAGUACUAUAUCAACGACGGAAUAUACGGAUCAUUAUGCUGCCUACUAAACAAGCAUUCAGUUCUCACAUUUGAGCCAUUGGCAUUGGAGUCCGACCCGGAUAAUAUUCCAACCAGAUCCGGAUCAACGACGACCCACAGGUCCACGGUUUUUGGGCCCACUUGCGAUGCACUUGAUACAUUGGCAAAGAACUACUCGUUGCCUGAGAUGGAAGUCGGAGACUGGCUGCUGUUCCCGAACCGGGGCGCAUAUUCGGCGGCUUGUGCCUCCAAUUUCAACGGCUUCAAAGCUGUUGGAAUUUCCACUCAUUUGGUUUACUCCAACAACCAUUCCUAGCCAAGGCAAGGCUAUUUCUGUAUUUCCUUAAGAUUGCACCCAAUAAUAAUAAUAAUAAUAAUAAUGUCGAAAAUGAUCCUUGUAUGUCAAAGUGAAAGUUA